AUGAGUGCUUCCACCACAAUCCAAUUCCUGAGUGUCUCGUUUCUUCUCUUGGUAUCAUUUUGGGGUGUUGAAGGGAAAAUUCCCCCAUCAUGCAAGAAAUUCGAGUGUCCCUCCUACGAUGUUACGAAAGAGGGCAACGAUUAUGAAAUUCGUCGCUACAAUUCACCUGUCUUCAUUUCUAACUCCCCCGUUUCAAACAUUUCUUUGGUUAAAGCUACAAGAGUUGGAGUUCUAAGGCUAUUCAGUUAUAUUCAUGGUAACAACACUGGUAAGAAGGUGAUUAAGAUGACAGCACCAGUUAUCAGUGAAGUCUCAAAUAGUGGAGGAAAUUCCUCAAUUGUUGUGAGCUUCUAUGUGCCAAAAGACAACCAAAAAGACCCUCCUUUGGCAAAUGGUCUCCAUGUUCAAAGAUGGAAACCUUCAUAUGUAGCAGUGAGACAAUUUGGUGGAUUUGUGACAGACACUAAUGUUUGGAAGGAAGUUGCAGCCUUGAAUGCUAGUAUUGCUGCCACCAAAUGGUCUGCUGCUACUCACAAAAGUUUCUUUGUAGCACAAUACAAUUCCCCUUUUGAAUUGUUCAAUAGAGUGAAUGAGAUAUGGUUCUUGUAUCAAUAA